UUCUUUGUCAGUGGGCAAACGUACAAAAUCAGCAGGGGAUCAAAUACAUUCUUCCCUCACUGUAGUUGGUUGAGCUAGUGAGAAAUAAUCAUUGACUGAAUCUCAAGUGUUCUCGAUUCUUCCUUUCAACUGUGUUCAUCAACAUGUAUGUUUUUGUGUGUGUCUAUUGAGGAAGCCCCUUUGUGUAUCACUCUGCUGACAGUAUAUGGCUCCAUGCCUGGCUACUGGCUGUCAGUAUAUGGCACCAUGGCUGGCUACUGGCUGUCAGUAUAUGGCUCCAUGCCUGGCUACUGGCUGUCAGUAUAUGGCACCAUGGCUGGCUACUGGCUGUCAGUAUAUGGCACCAUGCCUGGCUACUGGCUGUCAGUAUAUGGCACCAUGGCUGGCUACUGGCUGUCAGUAUAUGGCACCAUGCCUGGCUACUGGCUGUCAGUAUAUGGCACCAUGGCUGGCUACAGGCUGUCAGUAUAUGGCACCAUGGCUGGCUACUGGCUGUCAGUAUAUGGCACCAUGGCUGGCUACAGGCUGUCAGUAUAUGGCUCCAUGGCUGGCUACUGGCUGUCAGUAUAUGGCACCAUGGCUGGCUACUGGCUGUCAGUAUAUGGCACCAUGGCUGGCUACUGGCUGUCAGUAUAUGGCACCAUGGCUGGCUACUGGCUGUCAGUAUAUGGCACCAUGGCUGGCUACAGGCUGUCAGUAUAUGGCUCCAUGGCUGGCUACUGGCUGACAGUAUAUGGCACCAUGGCUGGCUACUGGCUGUCAGUAUAUGGCUCCAUGGCUGGCUACUGGCUGUCAGUAUAUGGCUCCAUUGCUGGCUACAGGCUAAUUUGAUUUCUGCCCCUGAAGCUGAGUAAUUCCUUAGAGAAACAAAUUAUCCUUGCUGUCGUAGGAGGAGGGUGAGUGACCUGAGAUGUCAGAGGUUCUGUCCUCAGCUUUUGGCACGCUGCUGUGGAAUAACCCCUCUCCUCACCCCCAGCCUCUUCUCAACCUCUCCUGACCCUCCUCUACCCCUCACCCCCCUAAACCUCUCCUGACCACCCUCAACCUCUCAUCCCUGGGUGUGCCUAAAGUGUCUUUCUCUCCAUCUCAACUAAAACUUAAGUCUGUUUACCAUCAGUUUGCUACUGAAUUGUUAAAUUCUUUGACACAAGUACAGUAAAGCAAGGUAUGUUUUAA